AUGCCAUCACUAUCCGAGCUCUACAUCAUCUUCGAGAAUCUACUUCUAUGCGAAAACAUCGUUGUCCUAGCAAAGAAUCCACAGACAUGUAGCCAAUUUUGCUCCGCCCUGAUUGACUUGAUCCGGCCUAUUCCUUACGCUGGCGAGACCCGGCCAUACAUCACGAUGCAGUCAGACUUUUUCACUAGCGGCUUCCAAGGCGGUGCCCCUAAUCGCUUCGUUGUUGGUAUUACCAACCCCUUCUUACUUCAGCGGCUGUCAACCUUGAGCGGUGCGGGAAGCGGGACUGUGCCCCAUAUGUUAUGCCUUCAGAACAACGAGCGGUCGAUACCGAUAAAGCGAGAAAAAUCACUACGGCACCGUAAUACGCCGGCUUUUGACAUCCCUGGAGCGGGAGGACUGGCCCCUCCAACAGCAACUAAAAAGUAUCUCAAGGUCGAUAGCUCAUUCGUUCAACAGCUGGAUUCCCUGCUGAAGGACGAAUCGGCCUUCGAGGAGAUUGGCCCCUUCGUCCGUCGCCACUUCGCAGAGCUCACCGCUCAGUUCCUGGCACCCUUCAGCAGAUAUUUCGCUGCAAGCAUGUCGCCAAGCGUGGCGACUCCAGGCGGGAAUCUGGCCUACGCCAACUUUUCCGAGGCCGACUUUCUGCAGAGUCUAUCGAAGCACGGGACUUCCGCGAAGUUCAGAGGACAGAACCACUUCCAAAGACACAAAGCACGUGAUGCGCUAUAUGGGAGCUUCUGUCGAUCACCGAAUUUUUACUCCUGGCUUGAGAUGAAAUUCAGCCUUGAGAAGGAGGCAUCAGCAGGCCUUCUCGGGUAG